GUUGAUAUAAAGUCAGGAGGAAGCGCAGAAAGAAAACAAAGCAGCGCUGCUCUCGAGCUGUGCAGAAAUAAACAACAGGCAGAAUAAAAAAUAAUACAAAAAGAGCACGCGAUAAAACACGCGCUAUAAAGCGGCUGGUGUGUGUUUGCUGUGUUUGGAGUCAUGGGUCGCAUCUUCCUUGAUCAUAUUGGCGGAACACGCCUCUUUUCCUGUGCCAACUGUGACACCAUCCUGACCAAUCGCUCGGAGCUCAUAUCCACCCGCUUCACGGGUGCCACCGGCCGAGCGUUCCUCUUCAACAAGGUGGUGAAUCUGCAGUACAGUGAAGUUCAAGAUCGUGUGAUGUUGACGGGCAGACACAUGGUACGUGACGUCAGCUGUAAAAACUGCAACAGUAAGCUGGGCUGGAUCUACGAGUUCGCCACCGAGGACAGUCAGCGCUAUAAAGAGGGCCGUGUGAUCCUGGAGAGGGCGCUCGUGAGGGAGAGCGAGGGCUUUGAGGAGCAUGUCCCGUCUGACGCGUCCUGAGAUGUCUCAUCUUCUCUCACAUGUUCUGAGGAUGUUUAUCUCCCUGUCUCUCCUCCACAAACACAACACAAGCUCUAUAGAUGAAUUCUGAGACUUUAGGCCAACUCAUGAUCUGAACUCCAUAUAUUUCCUAAAAUGUGUGUUUACCAGGCAAAAGUGACAGAUUCAUGACACCACAAUCUCUUAUUUUCUUGGUUACAACAACAACAUCAUAACUUAAAGAAAUAGUUCACCCAAAAAUGAUAAUUCUCUCAUCAUUUACUCACUGUUAUGCCGUCUCAAACUCAUAUGACUUUCUUCUGUGAAACACAAAGAUAUUUUAAUGGAGAUAUGAUGUGUUUAUAAUCAUGCAAUGCAAGGCAAUGGGCUCUAAAAAGCACAUAAAGGCAGCAUAAAAAUAAUCCAUAUGACUCCAGUAGUUUAAUUCAUGUCUUCAGAAGUGUGUUCAGAGCUCUGCAUAUGCGUCAAGCGUUAAGUGUAAUCGACCUUCAAAACAUGAUCAUGCGUAGGAGACUGCAAAUGUCGAGAUUUAUAGUGAAAACGGAGUAACAUUUUGGUCUGUUUCUCACCCAAAACCGAUUGGAUUACUUCUGAAGACAUGGAUUAAACCACUGGAGUAGUAUGGAUUACCUUUAUGCUGCCUUUAUGUGCUUUUUAGAGCCCAAAGACUUGCAUGAUUAUAAACACAUCAUAUCUCCAUUAAAAUAUCUUUGUGUUUCACAGAAGAAAGAAAGUCAUACUACUUUGAGAUGGCAUAAAGGUGAGUAAAUGAUGAGAGAAUUAUCAUUUUGGGGGGAACUAUUUCUUUUAGAAUGGCAAAACACUGGUAAUCCACUCUGAGUUUAAGGCCAUAAGGGGAUUUAAAUUAAUAUUUGUAUAGACUCAAAAAGAUAAACUCACAUACUCAUGUUCUGUGUUCCUCUCAGUGAAAUCCAUUAUUAUAGUCUUUGUGAUGUUGUGUGGUUCUGUGGGGAAAGUGCACAAUAAGACUAAAUUUCCCCUUUCCUUAAAUCAACUAAAGUUUAGAGAUUGCCUAACCGGUCAGGACUAAUGUAAACUUUAUCAUCUUUAAUAACUCACCCGUUUGGGUGGCAUAUCUUGUGAGACUCUGCGGCCCUGUAGACUUCUAAAGUCAUGUGACCUGUGCAACAAUGACCAAACGAGUUCAGCUGAUUGCAGUCUGACAGGCUUUAAAAUGCUUUAUUUAACUUCCUUCUGGUUAAAAAGGGUUUCCAUUGUAUAGCUGUCAUGAAGCCACAAGAGCCGCUGAACACAAUCUGAUUUCAUUCACUGAAAACAUUAGAUGACCACACACACACACACACACACACACUCAGGCCUGAAUACAUGAAUCUUGUUCUUAAUCACAGAGACAUUAAACUACCAAAAGAUUCUGCAUUGUUUCAUUUUUCUUCUGGUUUGCUGAUCUGCAGAGAGUCUGAUCACUUUGUUCUUAGAAUUGAGCACAUACGCUGAUCAGCCACAACAUUAACAGCACCUGCCUAAUAUUGUGUAGGUCCCCCUAGUGCCGCCAAAACAGCGCCAACUCUCAUCUCAGA